AUGCUUUGUAUAUUUGGUUGGCAAAAAUCAAUAUUGAUGCGGUUAUGCGAGCUUCCGCUCAGUUACUUUUCCAAUCGUUCUCUUAUGAUGCAAUUAUUCCCAACACUAUGUGCGAUUUGUUUCCGAAAUAGGGCUGCUGUUGAACAGAUUAAACGCGUUUUAAGUCCAGUUAUGCUAGUUAACUUCCUCAAGGUUACGGUUAUCUCUUUGACUUUUAUUUUCAGUGUAAAACUUUUCUCUAGUAUUGGUUGA